AUGGAUCCACCACCUUUUGUUGGAGAUCAACCGGACCGUCGGAUCUGGACCUCACCUGGGACUCAGAUCAAUAAUAUGAUGAAUGUGUAUACUACCAUGAAGGAUGUGAUCUGUCCGCGGAAGAUGUCGACGAUCAGGCAAACUCCAGAAGAGAUCGAGCGACUUCGCCAAAGGAUUUGGAAGUUCCGACACCUCUUGAUCGGGAAAGGAAAUGCCCUCCCGCCGGCCGCUAGAGGCGUGGUGUGCGAUAUCGAUGUCGGAGGGGCGAGACCGAUCGCCCUCAAGUGCCGUAAGUUGAGGAUCCAGUUCAGGGAGAAGCUAGCAGACCUGAUCAAGGGUCUACUAUGA